AUGAUUCAUCCCAGUAAGACUCCCGGAUCUCUUGGCGAGUCGCCUGAUCCGUGGAAGCUGAGCACAGUGCGUAUUUCGCAUGUUCAGUAUAAGGAUAAAAGUCCGGUUACGAUCUAUGAAACCGGCUAUGCCUUCGGCAAGACGAGACUGAUGCAACUCUGGACAGGCACUGUCGAAUUCUAUGAUGAUGGCUUUGCCCCAUCCAAGAAGAAGUUACCUCCUUACCAUGGGUCGGAGAUCCUGGAGGGCGAGGGGGGUUUGCCUUACCGUCAGAGUGUGCCGCGCUCCGAGCGUGUCUACCGAGGGUCUCGAAAACCGAACUCUAUCGACUCCGAAUCCUGGCGCAGCAUGAAUCGCGCCGAACGGGAGGGAUAUGUCGAGGCUGAGCGCCGAGAAGCUGAGUCUCACGCCAUGUCCCGAGAGGAUUCUCGCGAUGCCGCUCCUGUCGACAUCGCUUUCGAUUCCGAAUAUGAGUCGGGUGCUGAACGGCAUGAUAAGGAUUAUUGGUAUCACGAUGUCGCAGCUGGCACGGUCACCCGAUUUCAUGUGAUCGAGCGCCGAGCGCGCUUUAAUCCCACCUCAGUGAAGGACUGUCCUGUCGAUCCUGCGACCUUGACAGAUGUCAGGAUGACUAUGGCCAUGACCGAUGGCACAGAAUUUACGUUGCAGGACUCAUGGAGAUCAUCCGAUGUGCGAUCUCUGCCAUGUCGAUGGACAGGAAAGACCGUUUUCGUUAUCGGUUCUUCUGCCAAAACACAGAUCAAGGUUCGAACCAGUCUGCCGAAUAACGACGGAACAGAGCGCCGAGUGCAAACGGCGAACGGCUAUUAUGGCCACGCCUUACGUGCGAAGGGACGUGUUGUAGUCCCUGCUAAAUCUCGCGCCUGUGUUGUUACUGACCUUGAAUUCGAUCCCCCAAGCGGCAUGUCGGCCCGCCUUCAGCCGCUACGCGGUAGUGGCCUCGAUAUUUGUCCGGCCAUGUAUACGUACAACGAAGGGGCUACCCAAUCCGGGGUCGACGUCCUUAAUCCUACCGACACCGAUCUUAUUGUCGAACCAGGACAGGAUGUGGCAGUGGUUCAGUUUUAUACUUCCGUGCUAGCCGCAGUUGAACUUGAUUUCACGGAUGAGGAUACCGGGGAUGGUACUUCUGCACCGGUAGAGCCCUCCAACGACUGUCUGGAUACCGAUGCAGCACCUGCGAUGUCUAUUCGUUCCGAUCCUCAUUCGCAUCGCUCUCCAGACUCUUCGGUGUUCUUUUACAGCGCGUGUGUCGCACGGCCUGUUGAUCGAAAAGAACGUGAACCCAAGAAGGCAUUUCCCGAGCUCACUUUUGGCGAUCGUGACACUACUGUCGCUCAGGGCUCUGUCGGUCCUCGCGAAAUCCGAAUGAUCAAGUACGAUAUGCGAUCGUUCAUGGAGCAAUGUGUCUCUCGCUAUGUCGAGCUCUGUGGUCCGAAAUACAAAGCCACCUUGCGGUCGGCUGACACGCCGUUUCUCGAUGAGUCACGACCGGAGUUCGAUACUAAUCCGGAUCGUCCCGAGGUGAACCGUUUGUUGGGCCAUCCCACCGAUACGCCUAUACCUCCUGGUAAGGGCGUUCUCGGUGACUGCGCUGCCGCUGUCCUGAUGAAAAUCUUGUAUGGUGCUCGCAUGGGGCGAUACGAUCUCAUCCGUCCUGUGCAGGCACUUGCUAGUCUCAUCACCAAGUGGGAUGGUUUGUGUGACAAGAAGCUCCAUCGUUUGGUGUGUUAUAUCAAUUCCACCCUCGAUCUCAAUUUAUAUGGUUGGAUUGGUGAUGCGCCCGAGAUGUUAGAGCUUGUGCUCUAUUGCGAUGCUGAUCUUGCGGGCGACCGCACUGAUUCCAAGAGCACGUCUGGUGUCUUCAUGUGUCUUCUUGGCCUGCGUAGCUUUAUGCCUCUUAAUGCGCUGUCCAAGAAGCAGACUUCUGUGUCAAAGUCUACUCCCGAAGCCGAAAUUGUCUCCCUUGAUCACGCCGUCUAUAAACUGGGAUUGCCCGCUCUCUCCAUGUGGGAGUAUAUGUUGGGCCGUCGCUUCCGUUUGCGUGUCAUGGAAGACAAUGAAGCUGCCAUCCGAGUCAUUAUCACUGGUCACAAUCCUAAUAUGCGUCAUAUGUCUCGUACCCAGCGUAUCGAUAUUUCUGCGUUGAAUGAACGCUACCACGCUGGUGACUUUGUGUUUGUCACGUGUCCCUCUCAGUUUGAGGCUGGUGAUAUCCUGACCAAGGCCUGCACUGAUGCCAAAGUGUGGGGUCGCAACCUUAUGUCUAUUGGUCAUUUUCGCAAAGGCCUUCCGAGCGGCCCGAUUGCGCCAACUACGGAAAGGACUCCUGCUCCGCCGAUCCCUACGGAGCAGGAUGACGCCAACAUGGGCGCCGAUGAAGCCCCAGUCCCGAUUCAGACCCCGAGAGAUGAGUCUACUGGGGGUGGGAAGCGCUCCGAGGACGUUCCGAUAGGAUUGAGGAUGAAAGCAAUGAUGCUGAAGAUCGGGGUCCAAGAGAUCCCACAGGCCUCAAUCUGGCAGCGCCUCGAACAGCUGGCAUGCAACUCUGGUUUCGACCUAAAGCUGCAUCAGCUAGUUGACUCCUUCCUCCUCUCUAAUCAUCCGCUUGCGGAUAAGCAGAGGAAGCAGUAUCCCCGAGAGUUUAUGGACUUCAUCGAUCGAUACAGGGUGAUGUGCGCUCUUGCAUUUUCCCGAGUGGCAACGUUGUCCGGUGAUGCCGCAGGGGUCCGCGAGAAAAUGGACCUUACGAUGGCAUUGGCUCGCCACUGUAUGCACUUCCAAGCGCAAACCUUUAAGGGGUCUCGAGAGACACUGAGCAACGAUACGCUCCGUCUCAUGGGAACCUGUUACAUUCCGUCGCCUCUUGCGAGUUGGAAUCGAAAUCUCAUGGGAUACAGCAGUUCGUCUGCGGAACAGCGAUGGUUGAGGACCGAUACGAGUAUCAAGCACAACGACCUCACCAAGCUGUCGCCCAUUGAGUUGUCAAGGGAUGUGGUCAACCCGGCUGAAGCCGCGAGGUUCUUCAAGGGAUUUCUGCAGCUCAGGCCGACACUUUCUUUCAUCCCUGGGGCGUUUCUGGCAAUCAAGGCCCUUAACCGAUUUCCCACGCUGAAUUCUCUGAAAGAGCAAGCGAGUCACCUCGAGAAUGAUCGCAAGGAACACGGCUACGAUCUACCUGCCGUGGAUGCGAACGAGAUUGGUGAAGUGGCCGCCUUUCGCAACGAAGACGACGAUGAGAAUAACCCGCUGAUGCGCGGGUGGGCCUCGUUCGUGAACACGAUGGCUGAGGCCUACCCCGGGCGAUGCGUCAGCAUCGAUGAUACGCUCAAUUGGGGAGCCAGCACCCAAAUGACCUACGAGGACGGUGCGUCACAGAUCACCAUCCGCCCGACUGACGGGUGGGUGUAUGUCCCAGCGAUGAAUUCGGACAUAUACGAUCCUCAGGAGAUCCACGGAACGAAUCUCCGAUACCUCUGGUCGAUUCUUGCUCACGGAGGCUUGUUCGGAGAGGAUUACGUGACGGAUGAUCAUGGAAGUCACGAACCCUGCGUCUGGGUGACUGGACACGCCCCCGAGGCUGCCGGUAGCUAUGCAUCUGGCACGUACCUCGGCGGAGGCUACUGGUUCCAGGUGAUGAUCUGCGUCUCCCGAACUAUGGUGAACAGCCACAGUCGCACGACAAAGAAGCUGGGGGGAUCCCAGAAACAGAUCCGCGUAGGAACUCGAUUUCUCGAGCUGUGCGGAAUCGCGUUCAGGCCCUUCCGCCUCUUGGAUGACCGCGAGCAAGGGGUUUCUACUUCCCCGAACUACGUCAUCCACGGACACCGAUUCCUCAGUGCCGAUGGGACGAAAGCCGUGGCCUGGCACCCGUGGAUGGAGGCGAGCCCGAUCGAUCCUCGCAUUCUGAAGCUGCUGGGAGACAGUGUCGCGCGCGACAAUGUUGAGUUUGCCGACCUAACGAUUCAGGGGGGCAACACUACCCAACAGGCUGCAUCUACCGAGACGGAGCAGCCUGUGGCGACCGCGGCCGAUGAUCAUGCUGCGGCGAGUGGUGGUGAGGCAACGGAGCGAAUCACCGUCAACCCGGUAGUGCUUCGACGCAAUCACUGGAUGCCCGACUCGUACGGGACGAGUGAGCAAGCCACUGUCGGUGGAAGGUAUGCAUUGCUAUCCGAGCUCCAGUCCUCUAGCUACCGAAUCGAGCUGGCUCCUUUCUUUCAGUCGCGUGCACCCAUGCUGGGUGAGGAAGGCAGCCAAGGCUUGCCAAAGCCUACAAAGCUUGAGACAAUAGCCGGAGGACCCUCCAAAGAGUGGGAGGCAUGGUGCAGGCACUACCGAAAAGCAUACGGUGCUCUGCUCGGCAACUUCGGCUACACGUCCGCCAAGAAUAUCAAGGGUAUCGUAUACGAUGAAGAAAAUACGACGGAUAUCAUUGGCGCGCUUAUUUGGAGCCCAGCCGAUGCCCUUGUGGCUGUCUCGAUUCACGGGAUCAGAACGGUCACGACCAUGGCAUCCACGAUUGCAUUUGGCCUGUCACGUUUGAGCCAGUUCGGGAUUUGCCCUUGGCCGUUGUUUCUUUGGCCGGGCCCAUCGUGCGAGAUCGUGGCUCAGUCGAAGCGGAAUCGGAUGGAGCUGGAGGCGCGGGAUCCGCAGUCUCAGCAACACGCUGUUGUGUACGCCCUCGCGCCUCUGCACUAG